AUGCACAAGACAGAUUCCAAGACUGAAGCGGGGGGGUUUGAAAUGGGAUUAAACCUCUUCUCUGAAUCCCCUGUGGAAAAGAACUUUUCCAUCUGUUUGUUAAAGGACAAGAGGGUGACCUCAGAAGGCCAGCUGCUCCAGAAUGAGGAGAAGCUUGCUGUCUGGGUCCUGACCCCACAAAUUUUCACAGGCUUGACAGAUGAUGAAGAUAUUAAGGUGAUGCUGCAGGGGACCUUCUUCUGGAAAGUCAAGACUUAUCAGCCCCAGAAACAAAGGCUGUACAGGCUUCUUGAAGAUGGGAUGUCCAUCUGGUUUGAGACUCGUUUUAAAAAGGCUCACUCCAAACAUAUUUUCUCCAUCCUACAUGUUGAAGGUGUACGUGAAGGUUAUCAGUCUGAAGGGCUUCGGAAAUUUGGUGGUUCUUUUGCGGAAGAGCAGUGCUUCACUAUUGUCUUCAGGGGGAAACGGAAAAACCUGGAUCUGGCUGCCCGGACUGGGACUGAAGCCCAGCAGUGGGUGAGAGGACUCACAAAACUGAUGGCCAGAUGUGAAGCCAUGAGCCAGCGAGAAAAGCUUGAGCACUGGAUCCAUGGCAUCUUACACCAGGCUGACAAGAACAAAGACAAUAAGAUGAGUUUCAAAGAGAUCAAAAACAUGUUGCGUAUAGUAAACAUAGAUAUGAAUGACAUCUAUGCCUACCAGCUCUUCAAGGAGUGUGACAAAUCAAAUAAUGACCGCUUGGAGGAAUAUGAGAUUGAAGAAUUCUGUACACGGCUAAUGAAACGGCCUGAGCUAGAAGACAUCUUCCACCGAUACUCAGGCGAGGAUUGUGUGCUUUCUGCUGAGGAACUGCAGGAAUUUCUGCAUGACCAGGGUGAAGGUGAAGAAGCAAGCUUGCAGCAAGCUCAUCAUAUCAUCCAGACAUAUGAACUCAACGAGAGAGCCAGGCAACAUAACCUCAUGAUGCUGGAUGGUUUCACAAUGUACCUACUAUCUUCAGCGGGAAACAUUCUCAACCAGGCCCACACUGGGAUCUAUCAGGACAUGAGCCAGCCUCUGUGCCAUUAUUUCAUCUCCUCCUCCCAUAAUACGUACCUAACAGACAAUCAGAUUGGAGGGUCCAGUAGCACUGAGGCAUAUGUCCGGGCAUUGAUGAAUGGGUGCCGAUGUGUGGAGCUUGACUGCUGGGAAGGUUCUAAUGGAGAACCCAUUAUUUAUCACGGCCAUACCCUCACCUCCAAGAUCCUCUUCCGGGACGUAAUUGAAAGCAUCCGGGACCAUGCCUUCAAGCACUCUUCCUAUCCUGUGAUUCUCUCUCUGGAAAACCAUUGUGGCCUGGAGCAGCAGUCUAUAAUGGCCCAUCACAUGAAGACUAUUCUAGGGGACAUGCUGUUGAUCCAACCACUGGAUGGAGACCUGUCUAAGCAACUGCCGUCACCAGAGCAAUUGAAGGGGAAGAUAUUAGUGAAGGGGAAAAAACUACCAGAGGACAAGACUGAUCCAAGAGUGAGCUUGAUCUCCAAUCCUGAGGAGGAAAUGCAGGAGGAAGAAGACCAGAGGUCUACAUCUUCUCUCCAGGAAAUCAAACCUUUGCAGGCAAGGGAUGCAGUGCAGAUUUCCCGGGAACUCUCUGAUGUGGUUGUAUAUUGUCGGGCUGUCCCAUUCCAAAGCCUGUCUGAUGCCCUGCUCCACCAGAAGCCUGAAGAGAUGUCAUCAUUCAGUGAGCGGAAAGCCAGGAAGCUGAUCAAAGAUUCAGGAAACCUUUUUGUCCGGUACAACACCCGGCACCUCAGCCGUAUCUACCCGCUGGGUCUGAAGAUGAACUCCUCCAACUACAACCCUCAAGAGAUGUGGAAUGCAGGCUGCCAGAUUGUGGCACUGAAUGUCCAGACACCAGGUGCUGAGAUGGAUUUGAAUGAUGGGCGCUUUUUGGUGAAUGGCCGCUGUGGCUAUGUGCUGAAACCUGCUUUCUUACGCAAUAACCAGAGUACCUUUGACCCCAAGGUCCCCAUUCAUAGGAGUGGCCAGCACCCCAUUACCCUCACCAUCAAGGUGAUUACAGCUCAGCAACUUCCCAAGCUAAAUAAAGAGAAGAGUUCUUCCAUUGUCGACCCUUUUGUACGGAUUGAGAUUCAUGGAAUUCCUGCAGAUUGCUGCAAGAAACAAACUGAAUACCGGUUAAAUAAUGGAUUCAAUCCAUGCUGGGAUGAGACGUUGAUGUUUCAGGUACAGGUUCCAGACCUGGCGCUGGUGCGCUUUGUAGUAGAGGAUUAUGACACAACUUCCUCCAACGAUUUUGUAGGACAGUUUACACUGCCAUUGCCCAGCCUCAGGGAAGGCUACCGGCAUAUCCACCUGCUUUCCAGGGAUGGUACAUCCCUAUCUCCAGCUACACUUUUUGUACACAUCAGAUGCAGGAAGAUGUGAAAGCUGUAAUAAAGGUUGAGUUUGGAAAAUGUGAAAGUGGAUUAAUGAGAAUUUCCAGUCAGCCCUCAGAAGAAUGGAUGAGUAGCUGUGCUAAUUCUGGGUGCCACCUGCUGCUACAUCAGAUAAGGUUGGAGUCAUACAGAAGAACCAGAAUGUCAUAGCCAGAAGAUCCAGGCUGAGACAGGAGCCUGAUGAAUAUUCAAGUUGUUGCAUAAGGGUCAAAUGUUAAGAUUCUUUGUGCAGUUGAAGCUAAAAGCUAAGUAAUGUACAGACUCCUAGAAUGCUUUCCUAGCCAGGAUUUUAAGUUUGAUAAAGGUUCCACGUCAUUCUCUUCUUUGCAGAGGCCUGCAAAAGGAACACACUGGGAAUAGGAAUCUUCUUGUUCUAUUUGUUUGAUAGUCACUACACAAGAAGUCCAAUGAAAAGAUGUAUUAUUUUGCACACUUGGAUACAUCCACCGAAAUCUAAGAAAGAAUGUGAAAAGGGGACAGAUGGACUUAUGACCAAGACUAGUGAGUGAAGGUGGUGUGACUUUGUAGUAAGGGCCUAAGAACAUGGAAACACGACCCACAAAUUGAACUGAAGAAUUUGAGCUAGCCCAAUUGUAGCAAAACUGAUUUAGAAUCUGAUUGAAUAUAUGCACUUUGACAGGCUGGUAUGGUGACUGGGCACGAAACUGGAUCUUUAUUUAUUUAGGAAACAAUCAAGCUAUUUUGUCUAGCACAUAAUUUAAACAGUUUCAAAGAUCAUGUUUCAGAUAAUGAACAAUAGAUGGAAACUUUAAGACAGAGGAUUGUAGAUUUUAAUCACAAGCCCAGGAGUAUCAUACAUAUGACAGUCUUGCACCCCACUUUGGGUACUCAGUUAGCUUCUCCUGACAGCUCCGAAACAAUUUUAAUGAAAUUUGAAUACUAAUUCUCCUGAAGGAGCUUUGCAAAAUUAGUAUUAACUAGUUUUUCAAAGCAUAUGUAUUUAUUUAUUUUUUCCGGGUAAACCCUAGUAAUUAUUUUUAGAUAAUUUAGAUGUAUCAGAUAGAUUGGUAUGAGGAAAAUAUGUGUACUCUUACACAUUCUCAGACCAUUUGUGGUAGAAAUGUACUUUUAGAAACUAGAUUCCAAACACUGUGUUAUUCUUCCUGUAGAACUUUUCAUUGUGAGCUGUAAAAAAAUCACUAGACUGUAAGGAUGAAAUUGGAUUAUUUUUGCUAUAGUGUUUCUCCUAGUCAAUUUGAAACAACAAUAUAUAGCUUUACAGCAUUUAAUCUUUCAGUACAAAUUAAAAGCAGCUGUUGGCAGCUAGUGGCUGUUUUGGCUAUUGCUAGUUAAACUAUCACUCACAAUGCAUCUCAAAGGACUUUACGCUACAAUCCUACAUGAUCCUACUCCUACUGGGAGCCAUUGAGUUAAUCACUGCCUCUCAACACUACCUUUCACAUGAUUGUAAAGUGUGGGAAGACCCCCCACAUGUGCUGCUUUGAGUUGCUAGAGGAAAGGCAGGUUAUAACAAUACAGCAUAUAAUAAUUUAGCAAGCAGUUACAAGGGUAUAACCUUAAUUGAGCUUUUUAAUUUUCAUCACUUACUGUAGCUGGGAUUAGAUGGAAAAUAAAUCCAUUGGAAAUAUACAGUAUGUACCCUUUGCUUGGGCUAUGGACCAUGGCUUCACAGCAGAUAUUAAGAUACCAUAAAAAGAAGCAGUAAGGACUCGUUUGCUGUGUUUUUUCAAAGCAUUUUGAAUAGGGCAUCUUGUAAUAUGGCCUAUUUUUAACUUGCAAUAGUUUCUUGAAAGAGCUGGUUCACCAUUUGUAUUUUAGUGACUAAGCAAGUUCUGAACAUUUAGUAGCUGCUUUUAUCAUACAGUCUAAUUCUUAUUUUUUGACCAUUCAGUCUUAACACAAAUAGGGGGCAAGUAUUUCCCAAGCGUACAAAAAGAAGCCAACUGAAUCUGAGAGUUGAGUUUGAGCUACAAGUUACAUAGAAAGAAGGGUAUGUAAUGAUUUUAGCACUACUUACAAACAUUUCCAAUGAGGCUUCAAGGUAAAAUCCUUUAAUAAUUAUUCUCACUGACCACCCCCAAGCUUUUGCCAAAGCCAUCAGAUACUAUCCAGAGGUCUGGCUGUUUCUCAUGCUGCUGCUCCUCUUUCACUUCUGGCUCAGAGGAUUCUUCUUUGGACUCAUCUCCCUUCAGAUUUUUCUAGGCAGUUUUCCAAGCUAUGGCUAUUUUG